CCACAAGCCAGAGCUGUCGCCCCGACAGGAGCUCCGGCCUCGCACCACCCGCUCCAUCUUCCAGCAAAAGACUCCAGCCAGCACUGCUGCUGAAGCAGCCCCUAUUUCCCCACCAAAAGAGCCCAUCACGUUCAAGACACGCUCAGCCUUCCCGAGCCGCAGCAGCUACGUGGAGUACGUGCAGGCAAACCUCACGUGCGGCAUGCGAGUGCGCAUGCUGGAGGACUAUGAGCAGGUCAGCGCGGGUGACGAGGGCGAAUUCCGCCGCAGCAACGACGGCAUGCCACCCGUGCAGGUGUACUGGCAGGCCCUGGGCUGUACAUACUGGGUUCACUGGCACAUGGUUGAGAUGAUUGGCCCUUCAGAGCAAAAGGAACUUGAGGGCCAGGAGAAGGUGAACAACCUGACACAAAAACGCAGACUGAGAGCAGUUGCACAGCCAUUUUUGUGCAAGCCCUUGGGAGGUCUGUACUCCCUGCCUUACCUGGGGCAGCCGCCAACCAAGGCUGCAGAGGCCCUGAGCCGUGCCGAGUGGUGGGAGCUGCUCUUCUUUGUGAAGAAGCUGGAAGCACAGGAGCAGAAAGAGAUCAUCUUUCUCAUCCAGCAUGACCAGGGAGAGCAGGUAUGGGCCAGUGCCUGCAGUGGGGAAACGGGAGGGAGAGAGUGA